AUGGCGUAUGACUAUGACAUCGUGUACCGUCGCACCUCAGAUCAUGGAAACGCUGAUUUCUGUUCAAGGAUGCCGAAGGACAUUGCUCAGGAGACUAAGAAGGAUCCUGUUCUUUCGAAGAUCUAUAUGUUUGCGCAGAAUGGCUGGCCUGACGUACCAUCUGAGAAGUCGGAGGAUGAGUUCAAACCAUACUUCAGAAUUCGGAAUGAGAUUUCCUGUGACCAAGGUUGUUUAUUGUGGGGUAUGAGAGUUAUAAUCCCACCGAAAUUCCGUGUAACAUUGGUUCGAGAACUGCAUCAUGAGCAUCUUGGCAUUGUCAGAACCAAGGCCCUCGCUAGGAGUUACUUUUGGUUUCCUAAGCUUGAUGAGAAAAUCGAGGACAUGGUGAAGAGCUGUAGUGUUUGUCAGACGCUGAAGGCAGAUCUGCUUCUGUCUCCUCUGUAUCCAUGGCGAUACACUGACAAACCAUGGUCCAGAUUACAUGCUGACUUUGGAGAGUACCGUCAGAAACACUAUCUAGUUGUAGUGGAUAGUUACUCGAAGUGGCCAGAAGUGGUGAAGAUGAACACCACUACCGCAGAAAAGACUAUAGAGGCAUUCCGGAGCAUAUUCUGCAUUCAAGGAAUACCUGAGAAGCUCGUUACGGACAAUGGUCCGCCCUAUACAUCUGAGGAAUUCGAGAGAUUCUGUGCUAGCAAUGGCAUCGAGCACAUUCUGUCUCCACCAUACCACCCCGCUACGAAUGGGCAAGCGGAGAACGCUGUGAAAACUGUGAAAAAUGCGCUGAAGAAGCAUUUUCUGGACGAUGAACGGAGUGGAUUGUCUGAUAGUCAUAAGUUAGCUAACUUCCUGCUCACUUACAGAUGCACGCCGCAUUCUGUCACUGGUGUCACACCCGCUGAACUCUUGAACAAACGCAAACUUCGUACACGUUGGGAUCUUCUGAGACCCGAUAUGCGUAAAUCAGUUGAGAAGAAACAACAGAAACAGAAGGAACAUCAUGAUGUUCGAGUUCACUUUCGUGACUUUGAGAAGAAUGAGAUUGUCAGAGUGAAAAAUUCCAGAGACAAUAAGGAGGUGAAGUUUGUUCUGGGGACAAUUCUCAGACGGCUGGGUCCGCUGCGCUAUUUGGUUGAUGUUGCUGGUAACGCCAGAUUUGUUCAUGCAGACCAUAUGCGUAAGACUAGUGAGGGGGAGAGUAGUGACUCUCGUCAAGUGCCGAACUUUCAUGGUUAUGAUCGCUAUCAAGUCUUGUCUGACUUAGCUACUUCUGAGGGACUGAAUGAUUCCAGUUCUCAAGAGACUGUAGAGACAUUCAAUUCUGCUGCUGUGGUUCCACCGCCAGAACUGCAGACUCCCAAACCUAAGGCUGUCACCGCUAAGCCUGUCGAGAACAGAGACAUUGGGAUUAUGAGAGACUCGCAUCCCGAUGCAACUAACACACCUGUUAGACGCUAUCCUGUGAGGGACAGAAAGCCCUCUGUGAAACUCAAGGACUAUGUUACUGUGUAA